UUUGAAUUUGAACAACAACUGGACUCAUGCAACUCCUCUUUCAAACACAGCAAAAAUCCCCCUUUUUUGUUUAAAUUAAAUUGAAAAAGAGUUUCAAUUUACUUGCGUAUAAAAAUCCCAUUCCCAGACAAGAUCGUUUGUUAAUCAUAUAAAGGAGCUCUCUCUCUCUCUCUCCUACAAAUUCAAAUCCAAAAUUUUUGAACCAACAUUCAAAUAUAACCCGGCAGAUCUGUCCUUGUUAAACCCUUCAAUCUCUCUUCCUAUUUGUUUUUCCAUUCAGUUUUACAUAAUCUCAAAUACCCUUUCCAUAAAAAUCUCUGUUUGUUCCAAAGUUGGGAGCUUUUCUUGAUUCUUGUCAAGUUUUGAAAUUUGAAAUUUGAAAUUUGGGUUUUUCAAGGAAAUGGAAGACCAAGCUGAUUCUGCCAUGGUUUCUAAAGGCUUGCUUUUGAUGCCUGGAUCUGAUUCCAAGUCUGUGGGUGUGAAGAGAAGCAUUGAUGAAUUGGAAGGAAAACAUGAUGUUUCACCUAAUGGAAUCAAAAUGAGAGAUCUUGAUUCUGUCAUCCGCUCUGAGGAACUCAAUGGCCACAAUUCCAAAUCUAUGAAAAGAAAAGAUUCUAGUCGGCAAUUGCAGUUUAGUGGAGUAGUAUCUCAAGUUAAUGAGGUUCCAGUAACCUUCAACUUUGGUUCUCAAGUCAAAAGAACUGCGGAAGGGGAAAAAUUAUCUCCAAUCUGUCUGCCCCUUGAUCUUAACACUGACAUUCCAACUGCGAUCACCGAAUCCUGUGAUAACAACCCGGAAUAUGAAGAAAAGUUUGAAAGAUCAUGUUCACAAGAGAGUAAUUGUCUAACCUCGAAAGGCUUUCGCUUGGAUCUGAAUGCGAAAGAUGUUUCUAGCUCGGUAAACCAUGAUUUAACUCGUCACAAACAUGUCAAAAAUAUGAAGCCAAAGGAUGUUUCAGAGUGUGGAAGUUCUAUUGGUCCAGUGGAGGAGAGAGAUUCGUUAAGAGUUUGGAAAGAGAUGAAGCUAAAUGGGUUCCUUUCAUCUGCUCAUGGGGGUAUAUCAAUGCAAAGUGGUCUAUUCUCAUCUUCCCAUGCAGGCGUAUCUAUGCAAAACGGUGUACUAUCAUCAUCUCAUGGGGGAAUACCGAUGCCCAAGCAACGUGGGAGGAAAAGUAAGAAUGAUGUGCUCAAGAAGAAGAUGGAGCUUGCAAAGAAAGAACAGGUAGACAGGUUCACAAAAAUUGCUGCCCCAAGUGGACUGCUCAAUGGAUUAAACCCUGGGAUUAUAAAUCAUGUUAGAAAUCGGAAACAGGUCCAUUCCAUAAUAGAGGCCUUAGUGAAGUCUGAAAAACUUGAAAAUUUGCAUUCAGAAAGCAAGCAGGCAAGUCAUGUCAAAAGUGGAGCCAGAGACGAUGAUGAUGGUAAGAUGGAUCAUGGAAUUAUGGAUGACUCAGGAUUUCAUCAUCUCAGUUGUUACCAUGAAGAUGGGCCUCCAAAUGCUACAACUAUGAACAAGAGAGCAAGAGGUUAUCUAGUGCCAAUGCAUCAGCCGAUUUCUUCAAAUUCAGAGGAAAUAAGUGGAGAUGGUGAUUCAAGCAUGGUAGACCAAGUCAGUGAGGAUGAUGCACUAGCACUGAAGUUGUCAUCAUCCACUAAGGCAUCUAAGAAUGCUAGCUCUUUGUCAAAUGAGGAAUCAAUGAACUUCAACAGUGCCUCUUCUCUUUCCAUAAAAGCUGCCACUGUUGCGUCUCAAUGGUUGGAACUUCUUCAGCAAGAUAUUAAAGGACGUCUUUCAGCAUUGCGACGUAGCAAGAAGAAAGUGCGAGCUGUAAUUACUACAGAAUUACCUUUUUUAAUAUCAAAAGAAUGCUCCUCUAACAAAGGGGGUGAUCAUAAUACCGUCAGAACUUCUGCCGAUGGGUUUUUGCAAGAUGCUGCUGCUGAGAUGCAUAUAGCAAGAUGGAGUUCACUGUUCGAUCAGAUGGAUAAAGCUCUCUCUGAAGAAGAGAAACAGCUUGAAAUCUGGUCCAACCAAAUAAAAGGGAUGCAACUGCAUUGUGACCAGGGCUUGCAACAUAUGCACUGGAACGUGCUUUACAGUUUACCGCAACAAGGAGCAUCGGCAAAUAAUAUCAGAUCAGGGAGUGGGGACAGCUUUGACAGGGAAUUGGCUGUCAGGGCAGCUGCUGCUUCCAUAUAUUCGACAUGUGAUUUCAUGUUGUCAAAGGAGAAUGUAGCAUGUUCGCUAAUCUGAUUUAACUUCGGCUCCUACUCUAAUUGAUCUUUCUUACUGCUAUCUAUAGUCUUAUCCUACAAACAUCUAUGUUCAUUAUGGAAACUAGUUAUUAGAUUGAUUUUGGCCUUUCAGGGUUGUGAAUUCUAACACCAGAACUGGGGCCAUUUUUUUUUUUCAAUUUUUAUUUGUAAGCCUUUGGGCUUUAUGAGCAUAGGGGCAGAACUUGAUUUUAGGAUUGUAAUUGAUGCAGUCUGAGGUUCUUUAAUACACUUUUGCUGAAUCUGAAAAUAAAAAUAAAAUUUUGUUUCAA